AUGUCUGAAAUGGAUGGUGGAUUGUUCUUCAAUAUGGAGGGCUUAUUAAAUAAAGAUUAUCGUGGAGUAAAUAUUGCCGUGUACAGCUUGGCAACUGCAGGCUUAGCGCUUGCGAUACACAAAGUCCGUCCGGUUAGCAAGUUUUCGAAAGCAUCUAAAAUUCCAGAGCAUUUUAUAAAACAACAUGAGCCUCUUAGAGGUGUGUAUGUUGGAGUACAACACUCACCAGUGAGGGUGUUAAUCAAUCACAAGGCACCAAUUUACAUACCAUUAUGGCAUUCCAGCAAACCUCCUCUACCAGUUAAGUUAUGGGGUGUUGAUAUAGUCAGUACAAAUGCUGUUAAUUGGCUAGAUUGUGUUGCAAAAGGCCGGAUGGUUACUUUAAAGCCCAUAACCCGGGAUAAAGAUGAAUUGGUUUCAACAGUACUUUUGCAUCUACCACAACCAAAGACUAAAUCAGAAGAAACCUUAGAUAUAGGACAGAAACUAAUUGAACUUGGGUUUGCUAAAGCAUCACUUCCACAAGGCAUUAAGAAAAAUAGUAUGCAAUCUAAAUUAGCACCAGUGUUACUUAAUGCUGAAAAUAAAGCAAAAAGUCUUAGAAAUGGUAUUUGGUCAGAUAAGUUACCACCAAUUCCCAGCUAUGUUGCAUAUUGGAGGAAAGGGUCAACAUUGAGUAAGGAACUGAUUGUGCUCUCUUCAAGGAAAAUCCUGGAUAUUUUAAUUUUCAUAUUAAAAGGUACCUUUGUAGGAGUCAAAACAAUUUCCCUCAAACCAUUUAAAUCUAAGCCAGUGCAGGCAACAUAA